AUGGAGUUUGCCAUGAUAGGUGCAGAUAAUGGGUGCAAAACUCGACUGCCUUACGGGUAUGCUCGCGCACGAGAAAGGGAGCACGAAAGGGAGAGACAGGUACAGCAGGCAACAGCCGCUGCUGAAGGUGCAGCAAGUGGAGAGGGAGGGGAGUCCUCUGGCCAUCUCCUUAACAACCACCAGCAGCAUCAGUCUCGCACCGCCUCCUCAUCAAAUGCCAACAACAGUAGCGGCAGUACCGCCUUGCGCCCCUCCUCCUCGCAACAGCAACACAGCAGCACCACCAUGAGUCUGAGCAGCAGGUUCUCAGAGAAAGGAAAAAGCAACGCGGCGUAGGACGUUGGAGAAGGAGUCGCCAGACUCUCGGUGGGGAUUUGCGCCACUCGGAGUUGGCGCUACUUGGAUCUGAGGAGGAUAUGAUAGAGGAGGACGAGGCGGAAGGCGGAGAAGAGGAGGACGGGGGAAGCAAGAGUUCCAGUUUUCUCUGUAAUAUGGAUGAUGAAGAGACUGUCUCACUCACAGAUAGACGUCCCCAAUCAGGAUACGAAAAUGUUUACAGUGAGUAUGGGUGCUGCGAAAGAGUUGUUAUUAAUGUGUCCGGGCUAAAGUUUGAAACUCAACUUAAGACUCUCACGCAGUUUCCUGACACUCUUUUGGGAGACCCGGACAAACGAAUCAGGUACUUCGACCCUCUAAGGAACGAAUAUUUUUUUGACAGGAACCGACCAAGCUUCGACGCCAUUCUUUAUUAUUACCAGUCAGGGGGGCGAUUGAAGAGACCCCAAAAUGUACCUUUUGACAUCUUCUCUGAGGAGGUGAAAUUCUAUGAACUCGGGGAGGAGGCAAUGCUGAAGUUUCGGGAGGAUGAGGGUUUUGUCAAAGAGGAAGAGAAACCCUUACCAGAGGACGAGUUCAAACGCCAAGUUUGGCUUCUUUUUGAAUACCCAGAGAGCUCACAACCUGCGAGAGGGAUUGCAGUCGUAUCCGUUUUAGUCAUCGUUAUAUCAAUAGUCAUUUUCUGUAUGGAAACGUUGCCAGAGUUCAGGGACGAAAAAGAAUACCUUAAACCACGAGACAAUUCGACAGAACCCCAUGGACAGACUCCUUUUAACGACCCAUUUUUCAUUGUGGAGACGGUAUGCAUAAUUUGGUUUUCAUUUGAGAUUAUAGUGCGCUUCUUUGCAAGUCCAAGUAAAACUGAUUUCUUUAAAAACAUUAUGAAUACUAUAGACAUUGUAUCCAUUUUGCCUUAUUUCAUCACGCUCGGCACAGAUCUUGCUCAACAGCAAGGCAAAGGGGACCAGGCAAUGAGUUUUGCAAUUUUGAGAAUAAUCCGCCUUGUCAGAGUCUUUCGCAUAUUUAAACUCUCCAGGCACUCCAAAGGACUGCAGAUCCUCGGACAUACCCUCCGCGCCAGUAUGAGGGAACUAGCGCUUCUGAUUUUCUUCCUCGUUAUUGGUGUCAUUUUGUUCUCAAGUGCAGUGUACUUCGCUGAGGCAGACGAACCCGCGUCUCAAUUCACAAGUAUUCCGGACGCUUUUUGGUGGGCUGUCGUCACUAUGACCACGGUCGGAUAUGGAGACAUGAAACCAAUAACUGUCGGUGGCAAGAUAGUGGGCUCGCUCUGUGCCAUAGCGGGUGUGUUAACCAUAGCUCUUCCAGUGCCCGUCAUUGUAUCCAACUUCAAUUACUUCUACCACAGGGAGACUGAUAAUGAAGCAGACUCGCCACCGGUUGUUGAAACCCCACCACCUGCCUGCCCCUAUUUCCCCAACUUUCUAAAAAAAUUCAAAGGGUCCCCCUCAGGCUCUUCGCUGGGUGAUAAAGCGGAGUACAUGGAGAUGGAAGAGGGGGUAACGGAGUCGCUGUGUGGGGUGGACAAAAGCCCGAGUAAAGGAAAUGGGACAAACAUUGGCAGGAAAAACAGUACAAGUUCAAAGUCACAACAGACUGACGUGUGAUGACAAAAAAAUGAUUAUUCUCGUGAAGAAAGAUAUGCUGUCAAAUCACACACACAUAGGUGGUCAGACUCACACAAGUGCGUACUUGCGCGCAUACACGCACACACACAGACAGACGCACACACAUACUUUAUAUUUAGCUAGAUCUUGGGAAGCUCAAAUAUGGUGUUUUAUUUUGCCAUGUGGACUGCUUAGAGGAAUAUAAGCAUCGGAAAAUUAGACGACCCAAAUCAAAAGCUUUGUAACUAUUAUGACCGAUGAUAUCAGAUAUAGGCUACCUAUCUGGGCCUCGUAAACCUACAAAUGAAAUCGAAAAUAUUGAAGAGACAUGCUAAUGCAUACGCACUUUAUGAGUUUCAUUUGUCAAUAAUGGAAGGGGAGAUAUAG